GAACAAAAAACAAAACAAAACAAAACAAAACAAAAAACAGACAUCCGGCUAUAAAUAAUAAUACACAGCAUUGGAUUACCGGUACCGCUUGAAAAGUCCGUAACAAAGUUAUAUAUAUAGCAUCACACGAGUCAUCGAUACUUGUAAAGAAUCUAGAUGCAUAUCUCUUAAUAUCCUGAAAGUAACUCGUGUAGGGUAGCUCCCAUUGUAAGCAGAUACAAUCAUAUUUCUAUUAAUAGUAGGAAUCUACUACUAAAAUGGCUAUAUUGAAAUUUGGAUCGCGACAAUGAUUGAUAGAUCGGUGAUAUAUUAACAUCAGGUGUAGGCCUAUUUGUACUUACCAUAUCAAGUGUGACUCGAAUCUUUGUAUCUAGAGAAAGGAUCAGGCUUGUAUUUAAAUAAAGGUCUACAGUUUAUUCAGGUACGACAUAACUCCCAAGGAACUUGGGUCAAGUCCCCAGUCUUGUAAACACAACACUUUUUGCGAGGCAUUUGGUCAUUUCAGUAUGGAUAGUCCUCUUCGGCCUACUUUAUAUAAGCACGUAUUUACAUUGGCGUUCAUUGGUUCUUACUUAACUGACUUUCAUACCAUUAGUGCACAAGAGUGCGGCUCACCUAUAACUUGCAAUGAACCUGGACGUGGAAACAUAGACUGUACAAAAUGUGUUCACGAAAUAGACUGCAUUAACAAGGAUCUAAGUAAGAUACCAAACUGUAACGGUGCAGGUAUUGAAUCUUUGGAUUUAAGGAAGAAUCAGAUCCAAGAUUUUGAGGAUGAUCUAAAACACUACAGUGAACUUAAAAAACUAUGUCUCGAGGAUAAUAAAAUAACCGAAAUUGAACCAGAAACAUUCGGUAGCUUGGGCUCCUUGAAAGAACUGCUGUUGCACCGUAAUCUCAUUGAGUCUAUUCAUGAAGACACAUUCAAAGAGGGACUAAGAGGGAUAGAAAUCAUAAAUUUAGCAUCAAAUAAACUGAAAUCGUUUGACGUUUCAACUUUCCAAAAUCUAAGCAGCCUCAAGAAGCUGUACCUUGGUAACAACUCGUUGUUGACUAUACCAAAUGAAUCAUUCGCCGGUACUACCAGUCUGACUACCCUGGAUUUAUCAAGAAAUUCACUUACGCAUAUUGGAGUUGAGCUAUUCGAAAACCUCCCAAAUUUGAAAACACUUAGAAUAGACCACAACCCAAACUUGAAAGCAUUUCCUGUAACAGUACUCGACUUUAUCUCCCUAGAUACACUUAUUCUUUCAGGAAAUACAUUCAAUUGUAAUUGUCAAUCUGACGUUAUUAAGUUGUCAAAUAUUUUCAAAAAUGCAAGUAGCACAUGGAAGCCUCCGAAAUGUGCUAACACAAUGGAUUUUACAGCGUUAGAAAGUGAAUGUAGGCCUACAAAUAUUUCAGUUACUGAAAGUCAAACACUGUCUAACAAACCUGAAAAAACAACGAAUCAUGAAAGAUCAACGAAACAAGAGUAUGAUACCACGAAUCAACUUGGAGUUACAAGGACGAAUGAAUCAUCUCACAAUGAAUCAUCUAACAUUAUGUAUGUGAUGGUGGAACCAGCCCUGGUGAUAGCACUGGCGAUAGCCCUGGUGAUACUCAUUGUUUUUUGUCUCGUUUUGUUUCUAGUCUGCUUAAUAAAAAAAAGGAAAACAUGCCCUCCACAAGAUCAACGAGAUGAUGUAGGCCAACGAACGGCGACUAAUAAUCCUGACAGGGAUAGAAUGCAAUAUGUUUCCACAAUUUCUUCAUCACUGUUGACAGAAUCACAGGAGCAAGACAGGUUGUUGUCUAGAAACUGUGGAUAUCAGAAUAGUACAAUCGUGGGAGACGAAGUGACUAAUAGGACCAGAAACCACCACCAAUACGACGUACCAUACAUACAUGUACAGGUAGAUUUAAAUGCUAAUCAAUGUUGUGUUGAUAACUAUAAAAGAACAACAAUGGUGAGAAAGGACCAGCCCUGUAUUAUAAAGGUCUACAGUUUAUUCAGGUACGACAUAUCUACCAAGGAACUUGACCAAAGUCCCCAGUCUUGUUUACACAACACUUUUUGCGAGCCAUUUGGUCAUUUCAGUAUGGAUAGUCCUCUUCGGCCUACUUUAUAUAAGCACGUACUUACAUUGGCGUUCAUUGGUUCUUACUUAAUUGACUUUCAUACCAUUAGUGCACAGGAGUGCUCACCUAUAACUUGCAAUGAACCUGGACGUGGAAACAUAAACUGUGCAAAAUGUGUUCACGAAAUAGACUGCAUUAACAAGGAUCUAAGUAAGAUACCAAACUGUAACGGUGCAGGUAUUGAAUCUUUGGAUUUAAGGAAGAAUCAGAUCCAAGAUUUUGAGGAUGAUCUAAAACACUACAAUGAACUUAAAAAGCUAUGUCUCGAGGAUAAUAAAAUAACCGAAAUUGAACCAGAAACAUUCGGUAGCUUGGACUCCUUGAAAGAACUGCUGUUGCACCGUAAUCUCAUUGAGUCUAUUCAUGAAGAAUCAUUCAAAGAGGGACUAAGAGGGAUAGAAAUCAUAAAUUUAGCAUCAAAUAAACUGAAAUCGUUUGACGUUUCAACUUUCCAAAAUCUAAGCAGCCUCAAGAAGCUGUACCUUGGUAACAACUCGUUGUUGACUAUACCAAAUGAAUCAUUCGCCGGUACUACCAGUCUGACUACCCUGGAUUUAUCAAGAAAUUCACUUACGCAUAUUGGAGUUGAGCUAUUCGAAAACCUCCCAAAUUUGAAAACACUUAGAAUAGACCACAACCCAAACUUGAAAGCAUUUCCUGUAACAGUACUCGACUUUAUAUCCCUAGAUAAACUUAUUCUUUCAGGAAAUACAUUCAAUUGUAAUUGUCAAUCUGACGUUAUUAAGUUGUCAAAUAUUUUCAAAAAUGCAAGUAGCACAUGGAAGCCUCCGAAAUGUGCUAACACAAUGGAUUUUACAGCGUUAGAAAGUGAAUGUAGGCCUACAAAUAUUUCAGUUACUGAAAGUCAAACACUGUCUAACAAACCUGAAAAAACAACGAAUCAUUAUUAUGUGACGGCCCAUGCAGAUAUGACUUCAUCUUGGUAUAUGGUCAUUCUCAUAGUGAUCUAUAUUUGUAGGUUAAUGGUAAAAUCUGAAAAAAUAACGUGUUCCACACGCAGCGGCAUUGUUUAUUGUGUAGCAGCACCAGAGAACGAACUAGAUUGUGUAAAUAAGGACCUACGUAAAAUACCAAAAUGCAAUAAACAAGGAGUUAAAUUCUUGAAUCUAAGAAAGAACUAUAUUGAAACAUUUAGAGAUGACAUUUCAAGGUAUAAUGAUACGUUAAAGAGGUUGAGUCUAGAGAAUAAUGAACUAACGGGUAUACCGAGAUUAGGGCGCUUUCCGAAGCUGGAGGAAUUGGAAUUACAUAUUAACCAAAUAACUUCAGUUCAUGAAGGCGCAUUUCAAGAAAUGAAGCAAAUUGAAUGUAUCAAUUUAGGCUCCAAUCGAUUAGCUAAUAUCGAACCGUUAACGUUUCAAAAUCUUCAACGGCUUCGAGUUGUAAUUUUGGGUAACAACAGCUUGACAUCAUUACCCGCAAACAGCUUUGAAAACACAGACCUGAGAAAGUUGGAUUUAUCACGAAACAAGUUAUCAUACGUAAACCAAGAUACUUUCCAAGGCCUUAAACUACUAGAAUCGCUUGAUUUGCGUUUCAACAACCUCAAACAAUUUCCAGUUGAGACAUUCAUUAUUCUGAUAUCACUAGAACGAUUCAAUCUUUCAGAAAACCCAAUCGAUUGUAAUUGUCAGUCCGAAACUGCUGCAUUGUCGUCGUGGUUUUAUGUCAAGCAACAAUGGACACCUAGCACAUGUGACAACGGAGUGGACUUCGUUAAUCUUUUCAAAGAAUGCGAUGAUCGUGAGUUCAAGAGAAGUUCCAGAUCAUUUGGAAUUGUCCCGAUAGGUAUUUCGGUUACCGGUGCGAUAUUGAUUUUAAAUCUGAUAACUUGCUUAUGUUGCAAGUGCAAGAAACAGCGAAGAAUAAAACGUAUGUUUCCUUCUGAAAUGCGUAGGCUUCAACGCCACACGUGUUGCCAAGUUGAACCUUAUAGAAUGGAACUUACGGACAUCCCACACUGUUCUUUUCCACAUUUUAGAAUGUCCAGCGUUGUCCCGAGGGAUAAUAUACUGGCGCGUCGAAACGAACCGCUUUCAUCAAUCGAACCUGGGGUUUCUAGGGAAGCCUUACUAUCUUCGGUGGAUACCCUUGGCUAUCUACGUAUGUCGAGAUCAAACUCACGGCGGCAUGAGAUGUCGGUUCCAAUGCGGCGACGCAUUGGAAACACCUACUGCUCAUGUGGCCGUACUUUCUACAUUCCCACGCCAUGCCAACAUAGGCCCACUCCACACAGAAAUGAAAAUGAUUUUACAUAUGUAGACCAAUGUGUAUAUGUUCCAGAAAUUAGUUCUGAAAGUCGAUCAAUCCGAUCUAGUUCCGUUCUUCCUCAGAGGCAUGUCGUGGUCCGACUCAGCGGCGAUGAACAAUAUUACGAUGAAGGGAAUCAAUUUUUGGAGACUCGAAGUAGAGGCGAGCGGCAGCGUAGCACACAUUAUCACGGAACACGUAUUUCGCAUACGCCUAUUAUACGUCAUAUUUCCGGCAGACAAACGCGGACGGCCGAGGAGGUCUCAACUGACAGACUGAACCAAUAUGAAAAUGAAUGUGAUUUCUGGAGUGAAGAUGAUUCCAAUCCAGCAAUAAUUUAUCAAAACAUCCUUCAAACCCACACUUUUGAACAAAGUGAAUUCUCAAUAUAUAUGAAGUCUCUUAUACACAUCUAG